CUGCCCUCAAGUGGCCAAAAGAAUCAGUUCAUACAGGUUUAAUGGUGUGCAGGUGUGCAGUGAGCGUGCUGAUAAAUAGACUCACAGAUUCAGCCUUGAGUUUCACCCAGGUGAUCUUCUCAGAAAAUGUUUCGGAGCCUGCUUUUCACCAUCAUGUGUGGAUUCGCAACGGCCGUUACUAGUUCAGAACUGGACAGACACUGGGAGCUGUGGAAGAAGAUGCAUAAUAAAGUCUAUUCUCACCAGAUUGAGGAGCUGGGUCGCAGGCGGAUAUGGGAAGGAAAUUUGGAAAUGAUUAAUGUCCAUAACCUGGAAACCUCCCUGGGCUUGCAUACCUAUGAGCUGGCAAUGAACCACCUGGGAGACCUGACCACUGAGGAGAUAAUUGGUACAAUGACUGGUACCAUUGUGCCCUCUGACCUGGAGAGGGGUCCUUCCAACUUUGUCAGGUUUAACAUCUCUCUACUGCCAUCACUGGACUGGAGAGAUAAAGGUCUGGUAACCGAGGUCAAAAUGCAGGGUUCUUGUGGAUCUUGUUGGGCCUUCAGUGCUGCUGGAGCUUUAGAAGGGCAACUCAAGAAGACUACAGGUGUCUUGAUGUCUCUGAGCCCUCAGAACCUGGUGGAUUGUUCAAUGAAGUAUGGAAACAACGGUUGCAACGGUGGCUUCAUGACAAACGCUUUCCAAUAUGUUAUUAAAAACCAUGGCAUAGAAUCAGAAGUAGCCUACCCGUAUGUUGGCAGGGUUGGUAAAUGCAAGUACAACCCAAAAUAUCGAGCUGCUCUCUGCUCAAACUAUUCCUUCUUACCAGAGGGGGAUGAAUUUGCAUUGAAGGAAGCUGUAGCCAACAUCGGACCGAUCUCUGUCGCAAUUGAUGCCUCCAGACCCAAGUUUGUCUUCUACCGUCACGGUGUGUACAAGGACCACACAUGCACCCACAAUGUGAACCAUGGAGUGCUGGUUGUGGGCUACGGCAGAGAGAGAGGACACGACUACUGGUUGGUCAAAAACAGUUGGGGUGUCAGCUACGGGGAUGAAGGUUACAUCAAGAUGGCUCGGAACAGAUACAACCAGUGUGGCAUUGCUCUCUAUGCUUGUUUCCCCAUCAUGUGAUCUGCAGUUGGUCCAAUUUUUGGAUGUAUAUUUCUCAACAGUAGAUAUGACAUGAUUUUAAAUAAAUGACUUGAACCUUAA